AUGUCCAGAAGCCAGCAGAUCAACGAUAACAUCGCCGAGGCCAUGCGCCGCGCCGACAACGCGGCUGCGGAGUGCCCGACGGAGGAGUCCCAUUCUGAAUCUGGGGCGACUCUGCAGCAGCAGCAGAACGAGGCCGCCGCCGAGGCCAUGCGCCGCGCGGAUGUGGCCUACACGAUGGAUGAUGAUAUCUAG